UCUUCAUUUUUGUCAAUUACAUUGUAAACGAGGGUUUAACCGAACGAGAGGGAAAGAGAGAGAAUUGCAGGUUCCAAGAGCGAAGAAAAUUUAAAUUUCGUCCCCAAAAUCUACAGGUCUUAUCUACCAGUCUCUCUCUCUCACCCCUGCAUCUUUCAAUCUGCGUUUAUUUUCGGUAAAUUACAAAAACCAGAUCGGUUCAUGGCAACAACUCUGAAGAAAUUGCAGAGAAAUCAAUGGAAGUAGUUGUUGGGAUAUUAGAAUAGCAGUUUGUAUUCCACAUGGAGCCCUGAUUUUCAUCGUCUUGGUGGAAACGCCCUUUCAAGUUGGGUUUGUUUAUGCUGCUCUAACAUUGAAAUUGCGAAGAAAUUUCACUUCUAAAGUUCCCGUUUUUUUUUUUUGGGUAUACGAUUAAGGAAUCAAAUCUAUGUGGAUUGAAUCGACUGCUUGCCUCUCUUUGUACUUGGUAUACUUUCAGAUUUCAUGUGGUGAGAAACAGAGAAGUGGUUAAUUGAUUUCUUUUCAACUGCUUAUCAAAAUUUUGUCCCAGAAAAAAAAAAGAAGAAAUUCAUUUGGGCAGCUUAGCAAUGCACUUAUCUUUCUCAGCCCAAUGAGAAUAGUCUUCGGAUUCAUUGAGUUUUUCAGGGAUAAAGGAAGAAGUGAGUUUUUUCAUUUUCUUACUCCUAUUUACAAGUUUUAUGGCUGAAAACCAUGAAAGCAUAAUCAAGGAUUGAAAGAAAGGAAAGAAAUCCCUGGACGGGUCUGUUCAAGUGAACAUGCAUUUGAUUCAGCAAUAACCAUGAUCAAUGGUGAGGAUAUCAGCUCAGACUCAUUAGGCAUCACCUAUGUUGAUUUAUGAUCCCUCACUAUGGUUGGAUAAAAAGAUGGAUACUUUGUCACCCAGAACAGUUCACAUUGAAUCACCAGAUUCAUCAAAUUAUUCUUCUUGUGGAGAGUCAGAAUUAGAUAGAUAUUGUAGUGCAAAUUCUUUGGCAGGAUCUUUUGGGACCUGCAAUGACUUCUUGGGUUCGGAAACUGGGUCCGUCAAGAGCUUUCAAGGAAGUUUUAGAUUGGACCGAUCUUUGAAUCAUGGAUAUGAAAGCGAGGGUUCAUAUCACCCAAGAAAUACGGGAGAAUUUGAUAAUUCAGAGUUGGGUGUUACGAGGUCGACUGGUUUUGAGGUUCAGUCUAGUUUGGGGCCAGAAUUGUCAGAGGAAAUGAGCAGGGGCUAUUUGGACAAUGAUAACACCAUGGGAGCUAGAUCGGGAUCAGAAGAGGUGUCGCUAGGUACUGGAAAUGAUUUGAAUAAUUCGUCGAAUUCCCAUGAUGAUGUUGCUUUCGAGGCUGUGCACACAGAUGCUUCUUUGGGAAGAAAUGCUGAGAUGGGUUCUUUCAUGGAUGUAUCAUCACAACAUGGCAAUGGAAUUGAUGGGUCAUCGACCUCCAGAAAGAAGAUGGGUAUAUGUGUUGGAUCCAGCACAGGAACACCUUCCAUGUCUGGUAACUCUUCUCAAUGUGGUAGUGUCGAGGACUUGGGUUCAGAACUCGAUUAUGGGACUGAUGAAGAAAAUAGGGUUUAUGCACAUGCUACUUGUAGCAGCUUUCGACAAAUAAAGGAAAAAGAGAACCCAUUGCUUAUGAAUUCUGCUGUGGCCUUUGGUUGCGAUGAUUGGGAUGAAUUUGAACUAGAGACUGGGGAAAAUGGCUUAAAAGUGCUGACUUUGCUUACACCUGAAACUUUUCAGAUGCAGAAAGAGCAAGCAGUUGCUGAACAAAACCCACCUGAGAUAUCAAAUAUCUUAUGCCCUGGUGAAGAUCCUAUGCUGCAGAGAUUUGGUUGUGCUAGCACAAGUGACUUUAAAACACUUGACCCAGAGGAAUACAAUGUACGAGAUAUAUCUGUGGCUAGCUAUGAGGCACAAUUGAAUGAAGAAUCUCGCCCUCUCAAAUGCUCAUGUGUCUCUAAUGUUCAUGAGGAAAACAAGGAAUUUAUGACUUUUGGACAUGCAAAAAAUCUAACCAGUUCUCAUGCAAGCUAUGAGGCACAAUUGAAUGGAGAGUCUUGCCUUCUCAAAUACUCAAGUGUCUCUAAUAAUCAUGAGGAAAACAAGGAAUUUAUGAUUGUUGGGCGUGCAAAAAUUCUAACCAGCUCUCCUGCAAGCAACCCUUCAAAUUCUCAUUCUCUGAAUCCUCAUGCUGAAUUAUAUGCUACAGAGAAUGCUGAGGAAGGUUUGGAUUCAUCCUCUCCACCAAAAGUUAUCAUGAAAAUCAAGGAUUGUGUUGCAGAAAGGGAGCUUCGAUGUAUAACUGAGGAAGCAAUUAGUAGUGUUGAAAUUCCAGAAAUAGAGCCCUUGGGUACAUUGCUAGUUGCUGUGGACCCCCUUUCUGAUAUUAUUGUUGCUUCAGGUGACAAGUUGAAAGGAGUGGAUGCUGGGUUUCAAGUGAGCAAUCCCCCAUUGCUGUGGAGAGAUAGACCUUUAGAUGCUUGGCUCAAAGGAAUGGCAGAGGAAUCUGUUGGCAUCGGUAAGGAAGACCUUGUUCCUGAUGAGGCCAAAUCACUUGAGGCAUUUGAGUUUUAUGAUGAGAUGGUUCAUGAAAUGGAGGACAUUUUACUUGACUCAGGAGAUUCUCAUGGAGCUAGGUUUCCUCAAGGAAAUCGUGGGUUGUUGCCCCAGCGAUCUCAGCCGUGUAGAGAUGGCAGUUUAACUGCUUCUGCUUCGGGGAAUGAUGAUGCUAACCCAUUCUUGCAGUCUCCCCUAAAGAUUGAUUGGGUUGAAGUAGUCGGAGCAAGGCAGCAGAAGGGAGAAGUUUCCUUUGGGGAGAGAUUAGUUGGUGUCAAGGAAUACACAGUAUAUAGAUUGAGAGUGUGGAGUGGCAAAGAUCAGUGGGAGGUGGAGCGCAGAUAUCGUGAUUUCUAUACUCUUUAUCGCCAAUUGAAAUCAUCCUUCAGUGGUCAUGGACUUAGUCUUCCAUCUCCUUGGUUAACAGUUGAACAGGAAUCCCGGAAAAUAUUUGGAAAUGCUUCUCCUGACGUUGUCAGUGAAAGAAGUACCCUUAUUCAAGCUUGUAUAAGGUCCAUUCUACAUAUAAAAGCCCCAUUUGGAACACCACCUUUAAUUUGGUUUUUGGCUCCUCCAAGGAUGGUGUAUAAUUCCUCAACUGCUAACGGCUUGUCUACUGUCUCUGAAGGCAAAUUUUCAAUUCCAGCUCAUGAGGAGUACAUUGAAGGUUCUCCCAAUUUGGGGAAGACCAUAAGCCUUAUCGUGGAAAUACAGUCUCGUAAAUCUAUGAAACAGCUGCUUGAAGUUCAGUUGUACACAUGCGCAGGAUGCUACAAACACAUUGAUGGUGGAAAGUCCCUAUUGCAAGACUUUGUACGGACAAUUGGUUGGGGGAAACCUCGACUUUGCGAGUAUACUGGUCAAUUAUUUUGCACUUAUUGUCAUACAAAUGACACUGCAGUGCUUCCAGCAAGAGUUUUGCAACUCUGGGACUUCUCUCAACUUCCAGUUUCUCAGUUAGCAAAAGCUUAUCUUGACUCUAUCUAUGACCAGCCCAUGUUAUGCAUUAGUGCAGUCAAUCCCUUCCUUUUCUCGAAAGUUCCUGCUUUACUCCAUGUUAUGGGGAUCAGGAAGAAAAUUGGAGCAAUGAUGGGAUGCGUUCGCUGCCCUUUUCAAAGGUCAAUUCAGAGAAGUCUUGGAUAUCGCAGAUACCUUCUUGAAAUCAAUGAGUUCUUUGCUCUUCGUGACCUUGUAGAUCUCUCCAAAGGGGCAUUUGCAGUGCUGCCUGACUUGAUGGAGACUCUAUCAAAAAGAAUUUUGGAUCACAUCACACAGCAAUGCCUUGUGUGUUGUGACAUAGGUGAACCAUGUGGUGCACGACUGGCUUGCGAGGAUCCCUCUUCUCUUAUAUUCCCCUUUCAGGAUAGUGAAGUAAAGAGAUGUAGGUCUUGUGGUUUAUCAUUUCAUGAAUCAUGCUUGAGGAGGAUCGCGGGCUGUCCUUGUGGGGCCCUCGGGGAUGUUGGGCCAGCCAAAUUAGUGAGCCGUGGGGCCCGAGAGGAGAUGGAGUGUGGUUCUUUUGGUCUAAGCAUGAGGAAACCAGAGUCUGGGAAAGGAUUCUUCUCUUCCCUCUUCUCAAAGGCAAAGCAUGAGGGCAUAUGGAAAUCAACAAGGGACAAUGAUCCGGUUAUUCUUAUGGGCUCUUUACCUAGCACAUCUCUGUAAGGUUUGUUGAGUAAAUUACAAUAUGUAUUCUUUUUAACCUACUAACAAAUGGAAAAAGAGCUAUUGCCUUUUCGUUGUGGAAAACUCGUGAUUCACUGUAAUUGUAUGGGAGUAUUCUGUAAGCUGUGCAA